CAAAGUGUUGACUCCGACAAAGAAGCUUCUAGCGUCGUCUUACGAUACACUUUCUCUUCAGGGAAAAUGCUUUGGUGUGUGACUCUUAUUCUUGUCAGCUUUAUCACAUCUCAAUCAGAGAGUUUACAGGUUAUUGGUCCAGAAGCUCCUCUUGUUGCUGUAGCUGGUGAAGAUCUGGUUCUGCCCUGUUUUAUCAAACCCAACACCAGUGCUGUGGACAUGACAGUGGAGUGGUUCAAACUCGAUGUAAAGGACUCAUUAGUGCAUCUCUAUAGGGAUCAUGAAGACAAAAAUGAAGGUCAGGCUCAGUCCUAUACAGGAAGAACAUCACUGUAUAAAGAGGAGCUACAGAAAGGCAACACUUCACUCAAACUCUCAGAUCUCAGAGUCUCUGAUGAAGGAGAAUAUAAGUGUCUUGUUGAGGACAAAUCCUUGUAUGAUGACAUCACUGUGAAGGUCAUUGUAGAGGCUCAGGGAAGCCACCCAGUGAUAAUGAUGGAGAGUUUUGAUAACUCAGGAGGGAUUAAUCUAGUGUGUGAGUCCAGAGGCUGGAACCCUGAACCUUAUGUUCUGUGGCUGGACAGAGAAGGAGACAAUCUGACUGCUGAAGAUACACAGAUACACAGAGACACUGAGGGCUUCAGUGUGAAAAGCCGCAUCACUGUUUAUGAUUAUAGCGACUCUAACAGGUUUUACUGCAGACUCCAGCAAAAACAUCACAUGAUGGAGACAGACAUUAUCAUCAAUAGUAAAGUCUUUGGUGCUUGGAAGUGGAUUGUUGGGAUUUCAGUUUCAGCAUGUCUUAUUGCUGUUGGAUUGAUCAUAACUGCAGUUGUUUGUCACAAGAAAGAGAUGCAGAAGCAGACUAUUAUCUCUCUAAAAGAGAGGCAGAUACAGAGGCUGGAAGCUGAACUGCAGAGACUGAGUGUGGAAUACGAGUUAUUAAAGAAGAAGAAGUAUACAGUGGAAGUGACUCUGGAUCCUGAUACAGCUCAUCCAUCUCUCAUCCUGUCUGCUGAUGGAAAACAAGUGACACGUGGAGAUGAAGAACAGAAUCUCGCUGAUACACCACAGAGGUUUAAUUAUUAUCCCUGUGUUCUAGGAAAGCAGAGUUUCUCCUCAGGGAGAUUUUAUUAUGAGGUGCAGGUCAGAGGGAAAACUGAGUGGAUAUUAGGAGUCAUGAGAGAGACCAUUAACAGGAAAGCAUGGAUUAUAGAGACUCCUCAGGAUGGAUUCUGGACUGUGGGACUGUGGAAUGAGAAUCAGUAUGAAGCUCAUGCUGGUCCCUCUGUCCCCCUCACACUGAGAGAGAAGGUGGAGGUUGUGGGGGUGUUUGUGGAUUAUGAGGAGGGUCUGGUCUCCUUUUAUGAUGUAAAGUCCAGAUCUCUUAUCUACUCUUUCACUGGUCAGUCUUUCACUGAAAAUCUCUAUCCAUACUUCAGGCCCGGUUCAAAUAAUGGGGGUAAAAAUUCAGCACCACUGAUCAUCUCUCCUGUAUUUAAGACUGAAUGAAUUUUCACCUCACAAAUAUAAUCAUCUAUUAAAUGUUGAGAAUAAAAAGAAACAUUUUAGUUUUUUUAGUUAAAUUUUAGAAACACAUUUUCCCUUUUAAAAUGCUGUACAGUUUAUUUUAAUACCUGGUUUUAAUUGUAAUCCUAAAGUCUGUUUGUUAUGAUUAUAAGACAUUAUGAUUGUGGAUCUUUGUCAUUACAAAUCACAUAUAAAUAAAGAUCAUUUAC